AGUUUAAAUAUUUAGUGGACACCGCUUAUUCAAAGAGCUGACCAACAAAGUUGUGGUUUUCUUUUCGCUCUUUCACCAAUUAAUUUGUAAUUAGUUAAUUGUACUUAAAAUCAAUUAAUUAUUUGACACGGUGUGGGUGAGAGCUCCCCCGAGACAAUAUUUUCAUGGCGAAAGAACCCAGCCGAAGUGAUCGAGAUCGCCUUGACCGUUCCAAUUCAGGAGGGCGGAGGGACAGCAGUAGUAGCCUACGUGAACGAGAAAGGGACGGAAGAGAUCGCCUAGCGAUCAAGGAGGAAAAACGGCUCAGAAAUGAAGGUGAACCGCAUGUAAAAUCCGGCGGAUCGUCGUCAUCAUCCCCCAACAAAUCCGACCUUUCUAGUUCGAAACAGACUUCCAGUUCUUCUUCAAGCAAAACCAAUCCAAUGCCACCCACAGAAUCGAAGAUGGAAGUGGAUAAAGAUCCACUUCCUGUAACGUUGGAUAAGAAAGAGUUGUAUGAAAGCGUCGUCGAGCAUGAAAAUAAUUUGGCCAAGUCUCUGGACGCAGCUAAAAGUUUGAGCGAAGGCCACGAUAUUUGUGCACAACUGGAAAAGAAUUUGCAGGAAAUUAUGUCAAUGCUGUCGGCGCCCACGACAGAUGAGGACGAUUUUGAAGAAAAAAUGGAAGAAGGACUCGUAAAAAUAUCCAGCCUCCGUUUAAUAAAUCGGAUGAUGAAAUUGAAACUAAAGUCGGUCAAGGACGAGCAGCUCAGUGUAAGAAAUGACGUCGAUUCUGAUCACCUUCUCCUUCAAAACCUUUUGUAUGAAGCGACACAUUUGCAAAACCAAGUCGCAGCCGUGCAGGAUUACAAGGGAAAGGAUGAAUCAAUUGACCUCAUUCCCGUCGAGCAAUUUUAUGAAGAGGCCCCAGAGAAGAUAACUAAAACCAAAGCUACCAAGUCGGAUCCCCACUUACUCCGAAUCGCAAGACUGGAGUACGAGUUUGUUCAAAGACAAAAACUUACUGAGGAUUGCAACUCCUUGGAAAAAGAAAAGGAAUCUGCGUCCAAACGCAUUGACGACACGCAAGGAAAAUUGGACAGCAUUGGUCCCUUGUUGAACAGUGUACUGGAGGCGACAAAACCUCUCCAGCAGAUUUUUGGAAUUGAAAUAUCGUCGAAAAAGGAACAAAACGAGAUCGCACAAUAUCUUCCUGCAGAAUUGUAUGUUUUGUUCAUUCAGUCGAAUGCGUUCAGGGAAGCAAACGCCGGAAAAACAGAUUUGGUAGUUAAUCUGCACGGAAAUCUGGAGGCAGCUAAAGAGUUAAUUGUUACCCCAGAAGAAGAUGAAGAGGAUUCUGAUUCGGAUAAAGAAUUAGAUCCCGAUGUGACUGAGACGUCAAGAAGACAAUUAAUGCGGAAAAAGAGCUCAAUUAACUUGUCACCGGAAGAUGCCAAGCAAAAAUUAAUAGAAAAGCAUCCGUUCUGGAUUGAGUGGGUCGUGAGCUCGAAGGGGUCAAACGCAGUACUGAUCCAAUUCUUUUACCUCAUUAAACUCAAAAUUGUUACUGUAAAGGCCAAAAUGGUGGAUGACGUCAAGAAAAUUCCGACUGGCGAAAUCGUGUCAUCGGAUAGUCUGUUGGAAGACUUAUUUCCAGGCGACAAGGGAUUAAACAGCCCAAAUCCUGCAAAUCAGUACCUAUUUCAAAAAGUUGAUACGAAGGAAAUUGCAGAUUUUGUGUCCGAGACGGGCAGACCGUUUCUCUGGGCGCAGAGACUCGCGGGUGUGGAAUUUCCUCCUUUAACUGAUCAUAACGAUGCAAAUUACGAAAAUUUAACUCGUCCCAAGAUGGAAACGAGUUAUCUUAAUAUCGAAAACGUCUUAAAAUCGAUCCAAUCGCGUCUUUCGAACCAAGCAACGUUACACAACCAGUUAAAACUUUUAGAAGCGAAAAAUUUGCAGAUUCCAACCGAUGCAAAGGAACUGUUCCCAGCCAAGCUGUCCACCACGUUUAAAUCUUGGGAAUCAAUCAAUUUUCCCACUUAUUGCAGCUACUCCUUUGCACAAGAACAUUUACGGACGGAUAUUGUGAGCGAAGAGAAUCUGUUUUUUAGAGCAUGUCUGGAGCGAGGUCGAGCUCUGGUCACUGCAUUGGUCACACUUACCCCCAAUUUCCCCGAAACGCCGCCCGUGUUUUGCAUUCAGCUUGAAAAGGAGGGGAAUGGAGAAAGAAAUUCCACAAAUGAUGCUGUAAUUCGGGAUUUAGAAUGUGAAGUCAAUAUUUACUGCCUCGAAGAUUUCCAACAAUGGCCCAAAAUUCUGGUCAGCCUUCAACUACUCCGACUGUUGCAAGGGAUUGACAUUAUUUUAGAGACAGAUUUUAUGGUCGAGGAAUCCGCCGGUCCUUCAGAAUUUACCAGGGAGAAAUUAUUCCUCCGGGCGUCGACUGGUCGGAAUCUUAGAAGGCCUUUCAAAUACUGUGGAACGGGUGGAGGCUAUUUUUUACACCGAUACUAAACACUACAAAUUCUGCGGGUUUUUAUUGUUUAAAAUAAUUGUUGCUUUAAGCGUUACAAUUCUUGACAAAGUUUAUACCUCACUUAUUUUUAAUGUUAUGAUACUGUUGUAAUAAUUGAUGCUUAAAUAUUUAAAUAAUAUAUGAAAAUCGUUGCUAAAUAUGUAUUGAUGCAAUUUUAUAAGAUCAAUAAUAACAUGGACAUAUAUUAUUUUUUAAA